AUCCUUCUUGUAGAGAAGAGGAAUAUCAAGUGACGUACAAGUGUUAUUGGGUGUUAAAUGGAAGAUUCAUCAGAUCUGUAGCCAACGACGAAUGUAUUCAACAAAAUGGAAUUCUAUUCAGCCCUACGACAAAGUCUGAAUUCUAUUCGUUAAAAGAAUAUUUAAUUCUUAUAGCAAACACUUCGUACUGGGUUAACGUUUCAUCUUUAGCACUUGAAGAGGUCGAAAUUAUAGAAAAGAAAUGUCCAGGAGACGAAACUUUUAAUAGUCAAGACGGACUACAAGCCAAAUGUUGUUCCUUCAAUACUUUAGCUGGGAUUGUAACCUGCUCGUGCUGUAGUGAAGACAUGAUGGUCAUAUGCCAAAAAAAUGUGCCAAUCGAUUUAGGAACAGUUCAGAAUUACAGAGUUGUGAAUGCCACUUACGAUUCUUUGUGGAUUAAAUGGGAACCACCGAAAACUUCUUGGAAGAUAAAAUCCUAUUCUGUAACUUGGACUCCACAAAAGUGGAAUGGAAGAUCGAAAGAUAAAGGAAAUUCCACGUUAUUCGAUGUAGAAUAUAAAAUAACAAAAUUAAAGCCCGAAAGAACCUACGUGGUAUCCGUGGCACCAUUUGUAAUUGAGAGUCUUACUGGAAAUUACGAGGAAGUUACUUCAACAACUUUAGAAGAUACUCGCAGCCCUUUGCAGUUCGAGAUCAACGAAGACGGAGAAAUGACUAUUGUAAGUCCCAAAUUUAUGGAUAAAGAAGGCACUCCAAUAAACAUCACUUUAUACGAAAUCGGAGACACGGGGAAAGAGAUACCAGUUGAAAAAGUCAUCGGUAAACCCAGCGGAACCUCUAUAACGGGGCUUAAACCAGGGGCAAAUUAUACCAUUAAAGUGAACGUUAACAACGAAGACGAAGACGAGCCUUUCAACCACACAACGAAUUUUAUCGCCUAUCCCACGUGUAAACCGGAGCAGAUACAAAAAGAUUUAGAUUGUUUUUGGAUUCCGGAAGAGAAGAAACCGUGGAGAGAUGCCAUUUCUCUAUGUCGCCAGUCGGGUGGAGGUCUAGUGGAUCCUUCUUUAAACAAUAAUCCACGUGUUAAAUCAUUAUUUAAUUCUCAAAAAUCCAGUAUUUGGACCGACAUGAGAAAAUCCAGCCUGUCAAAAGAAGGUUGGAGUGUAGAAUAA